AUGCCCCCACCAUUACAGAAGUGGCUGCUGGCUGGUGCCCAGGGUUACGAAAGGAGAAACAGGUGGGCAGGAAAAACACACCCAUUCCUCAGGGACAGAUACCCAUACCUCCCCCCGAUUCAGCUCCACGGGUCCAGAGCCCAGUGGGGAUCUCCCUCCCUGCACCCCCAUGACCACAACCCCCUCUGUAUCCCCUCCUCAUCCUGCCACCGGUCUGUGCUGCUCUGUCUCAGGGCAGCAUGCCAUGAUGGGGCCUUCUCCCUCUGUCUUCCCAUCCCUGGCCUGUCUAGGAUACUCACUGCCAAGAAUGACCAAAAACACGGUGACUGA